UCCCUUCUCCAGAGUCGAGUAUUAUAUAUGAGCUAAGGUUCCCGCCAGAGUACACGCGACAUGCGAUGCGAUGCGACGCGACUCUCGUAAAGGAAUAACAAUUAUUAUCAAUGAACUAUUAAAUUGCACUGUCGCGCAGCGUCUCACAGAGCUUAAAAUAUUCAUCUUCAUGAAGCAACUUCGGUCCGAAUUUUGACAAACAUCCCAUGAAUAUUCAAAACAUAGAAUGACAUAGUCAGACGACUACUCCACCAACUCAUUCAUUCGACUGUCACUGAGUGUGCUUACUAUGUGCAGAAAAAAACAUAAUUAGCAUUGUUUAUGUUGAUGUUUACCAUUAAAAGUGCCUAGCGGUUAAAAAUUGGAUUCAGUUCUAUGAGUAGAUGCAUAAGUAGAUUUGCUAAUGUCGCUCCUUUUCGCGUGACUAACAUCUAGGUCACUUUGAUCUGGCAGCCAAAGUACCGGUACUACAAGUGUCAAGCCGAUGUUGAUGAUGAAACAGAACAUGCACUACAGCAUGAUGCAUAAUAAAGUAUACUUAUGCUUCUACUGUUCUAUGUAAUAAAUGACUUUACUCAUUUGAAACGUGUUCAGCUUUCUGAUAAUUUAUAAAUUUGUUAAAUGUGCAUAAAUAUUCAAUGACUAAUAUUCAACCGAAUAUCCUAUUUUCCAGUCCAGAGCCGAAUAUGAAUGUGUCUGGAAGUGAGCUGACAAGUGAAGAAAGAUGGAAUUCACCAAAAAUGUUCGAUUUUUUUACACUCUGUCGCGUGGUCGCGUUAACUCUGGCUUUACGCUAAAUGCUGGUUUACAGUGCGGAAAACAUGUCACGAGAUUAGGUUCCCCAUACAUUUUUAAAGGCGCGAGAUUUAAGGGAUUCGGGCUUGAAAAACGAAAUUCCCGCUUCUUUGAAAAUACAUGGGGGACCAAAUCCCGUGACACGUUUUCCGAAUAGUAAACCAGCCUUAAGACUUAGGCUCUACAGAAUUCAUCCAUUGUAAAUCUGUGAGUGCGCGGAUUGUCCAGAUACGUCCUAGAGGUUAAUGGGUGAUCCUCAAGUGGACCUCACAUUUAUAACGUCGGGGAAUACCGUCUAUUAAAAGUUGUCUAUCUCUGAUGUCGUCUGGUUUAUGUGGAUAUUUUUAGCGUGCUAGAGGGUGUCGAGAAAUCUCAAAAAGUAGUUAACGCCCCUUACGUGCAAAAUAGAUAACUGCUCUGCCGUAAAAGUUAAUUCUAUCCAAUAUCCGAAUAACGCACCUCAUCAGCUCCCCGAUCGCCAUGAAGUUAACUGCACGUUCUGAUUUGUCCAUUCCAGAUACAUAUAAUUCAGUGAUCAAAUGAAGUUCAAGAACAAAGAAUCACAACUGAUUAAAAUAUUCUCAUAAUAAAACGUCUACAUCUUAGCUGAGAUAAGACUGAAAUAAAAUGAAACAGAUUAUAAUUUAAACAAAACCUGUAUCUACUAGAAUCAUGGUCUUUCUAAAAUGAUUUGCUGCUAUUUCUACAAUACCCCUGCAUCCUAGCACUAUUUCGCAUUCAAAAAAGAAACAAUUUUACAUAUAUUGAAACGGUCAAUUUUCUUUAAUUCGAACAGCAUAUAUUAACCAACUCAAGUGAAACUCUUUCAACAUGUUUCGAACAGUAAUUAUCAUCGUGAGAAAUUCCAAACGCUAAAGCGAAUCCGCUCCAAUUACCUUGAUUGUUGCAACCUGAAUUGUAAUUUUCGAACUAAACCUUAGCGAUUCAAAUUGUAGAAAAAAUAUGUAAUGAUAGUUUAGCCCGAAGGUACACCACAUAUAAUGUGAUAUUAAGUAGUGCAUUUUAAAUUGCGUAAAGAAUAUGAACACGAAACGUUUUGUAGAAUUAUUAGACGUAAUGCUUUUAAAUUGGUUAGAGGGCUUCUGCUAGUCUGUAUCGAAUCAUAAAUGAACCAUUGUCUUCGCGUUUACCUAACGUACGGAUCAAAUGUUACGAUUUCAAUGAUGUUGAUUUUUCGAACUUUUUGAACGGUGUUUCGAAGUAUGUAUAAAUUAUCUAAUUUAAGUGCCUUGUGAACCCCAUUACUGUCCCCAAUUCUUUCUUCGACAGAAGGUAAAUUAACCUUCCGACCCCACCUAUGAUCUGUGAAGCUCCAAGUUCUUCAAUCUGUUUGGAUUCCUUCAUUCCAAUGUCCCUGCUUGAACACUCGAAACUAUCUCACAGGCUCUCCAACAACCAAGAGCGUUUCUCCCAGUAGAAUCGUACGAUAAACAUAGCAGGCUGUGCAAGCUGAGUAGGCUAAGAGCCCAUGGUAGGCGGGCAAAACAUAAGAAACAAAAACUGAACGUUCCAAAGGACGAAUUUGAAGCUAAAUCCGCGUAUAAAGAAGCGGACCAACAUAGAUUUCAGUUGCUGAAGCGUUACACUCUCCUGUGAAACAGAAAGUGUAAAAUUGAGAACAGUAGGAUUUAGUCUAGUGAUCAACUUUGAUAACAUAUUCAAGCCAGAUUUGUAGUGCUGACUAUCUCCCCUGUCGCAAGAUUAAAAACCGAGGUGAGAAUUCCGGGAGAUAAACUAUAGAAAUAAGAAGCUGUACUUCUGUUCCGAUUAACGAAUGUAGCACAACCUUGACACAAGUUUUAUUAGAGUUUUAUUAUACCUCAACGUACUUUAUAGGAGGAGAAUCCAGAGCUGCAAAAGUGAACAUGUAUAGCAAAGAAAACACCGGUUUCUAAACCAUACUCACUCUCACCAUACGCAUGACCCUACUAAGAGAACGAAGGCGAACCGAAGUCGAGCUACUGCAAAGUCAGGACCGAACAGUCUUGCCACAAAUAUUUAUGAAAGGCAAGCCACCUUAAUGUAAAAAGAUAAAUCCGUUUUAUAGCAGAUCGAAGGGAAAAUCAUUUCUAUAAAUAAGUGAAGAAUCGAAUACAAGUCUUGGUAAAAUUGCUUUAAAUAACGUAACUGAGGAAACUAAUCCCAUGUCACUGAGCGAUGGUUCAUCUGGUUUUGUUCUAACUAGAAGUUUAUGCCCAAUUGUCCGCAUACCUUUUCUUGUAGCUCCAUUUUCCUUACUUUUAUUUCCACGUGCGGAAUGACUUUUUAAUUAUUUUUAAUUUCAAUGAUGUACAAAUUAACAAUUUUGGCGGAAGAAAAAAUUUUCAAAUUCAAAGCUACACAGUAAAACCUAUCCGGUCCGUUAUAUGGAUCGAAACUUUAAUGCGAUUUCGAUAUUAAUUUCGACGCUUGACGAUGUUGUAAAGCGUGCAUUAUUUUGACAGAUCGAAGUGACAUUUAGAAAACUCAAACUUCCAUCUAGUACUCGCACUCACUGAAUGAUUAUUUAUUUAAUUUGUUAAAAAUUGUGAAAAAUAAAAGAGCAGAUUUUUUGCCAACUGUGUAGGUCAAAUCAAAGGAUUUUCAAAGUUGAUCAACAGUGAUAUCAAUUUUCAAUAUAUAGUCAAUGAAUUACUUAAAAAUUGUAAAGACAAAUGAGUUAUUUCCCAUAUUCGUACUAUCAUAAUGAAAUGAGUGGAAGACAAAUGAACUUAUCUCCCAUUUCUGAGAAAAAUUCCGGUGUGGCACUUGGUGGUAAUUAUAGAAAGACAAACUCUAAUUGAUUUAAAAUCAUCAAAGUAAGCUUGAUAUGAACAACAACGGAGAGCUACCAAAAUAGCAAUCAAAGUAAUCGUAGUACCUUGCCAGCAGUCAAAGGCAUGUGAGUGUAGCGCCUGCCUAGCAGCAUUAUAAUCUCCACAAUUCCAAGAAGAAUUAUCAUUGGAAUCUCUAAAGAACUCCUUUCAGAAUCAUCGAAGUAUUCCAACCGGAAUCCAGAAGUAUUCACACUAGAUUCCUUUCGGUAUAUUUGAGGGAUAUCUUUUGGGAAUUUGUGGGGGAUACCCCACAAAGGAGGAUUUGCUUCAGAAUCUCUGAUUAAUUUGCUAUGGAAUUCCUUCGAAGAUUUGUUUCAGAAUCAUUCGGAGAUUUGCUUCGGAAUUCUUUGACGAUUUUUUUCAGAAUACUUCGACGAUAUGCUUCGGAAUACCUUGAAUAUUUAAUUCGGAGUUUCUCGACGUUUUGCCUCGGAAUCCCUCAAUGAUUUGCUUCGCAAUCCCUUGACGAUCGAAAUCCCUCUAACGAAUUGCUUCGGAAUCAUUCGACGAUUCGCUUCAAAAUACAUCGACCGUUUGCUUCGGAAUUCCUCGAAGAUUUAGUCCGGACUCCCUCGACGAUUUACUUCGGAAUCAUUCGAUGAAUUGCUUCGGAAUCAUUCGACGAUGAUUUGCUUCGGAAUCCCUCGAGUUGCUUCAACAUCCCUGGAGGAUUCCCCCCGAAAUCGCUGGAGGAUUCUUUACGGAAUCCCACGAGGAUUCAUUCGGAGUCCCUCGACGAUUUGCUUUGGGAUCCCUCGACAUGUUGCUUUGGUCUUUGGAAUACUUCAGCAAUUUCCUUCUACAUCCCUGAAACAUUUCCUACGAAAUCCAUGAUCAUUCACGUUGGAAUUCCAGGAGGAUUUCCGAUGGAAUCUCUGGAACAUGCCCGUCGGAAUACUUGGAAUAUUUCCGUCGGAAUUCCUGGAGGAUUCCCGUCGACAUCCCAAGAGGAUUUGGAAUUCCUGGAACAUCCUCUUCGGACACCUUGGUGGAUUGCCUUCAGAAUUGCGUAAUGGCGGAAGUAUUACAGUUCCAAUAAAAACGUAUUGAUAAAGAUUUAAUAUUUUUUAUUCUAAUACUGUGUAUUGUACAUUCAUGGUGAUGGGUAAAUCAAAAACAUUUGAAUCCUGUCCACCAGUACAGUGUAUGAAGGACUGUGGGACAAAAGAUCAUAAGGACAAAACGUCGAAUGAACAAAUUUUAAAAAUCUUCGAUUAGAUUACAACCGGGACGAAAAUGUUGAAAAUAUUAUUCUAAACUAAGUUCGGAAGCCUACAUCGAGGAGGCUCGGAAGUCUCCUUCCAAGAGGCUUGGAAGUCUCCUUCCAAGAGGGUUCGAAGUCUCCUUCCAAGAUGCUUGGAAGCCUCCUUCUAAAAGGCUCGGAAGUUUCCUUCCAAGAUCCUAGGAAGCCUCAUUCCAUUAGUCUCGGAAGCCUCCUUCCAAUAAGCUCGGAAGCCUCCUUCCAAGAGGCUCGGAAGUUUCCUUCCAAGAGGCUCGGAAGUUUUUUUCCAAGAGGAUCGGACGCCUCCUUCCAAGAGGCUCGGAAGCCUUCUUUCAAGAGGUUCGGAAGCCUCCUUCCAAGAGGCUCGAAAGCCUCCCUUCAAGAGGCUCGGAAGCCUCCUUCCAAGAGGGUCGAAAGCCUCCUUCCAAGAGGCUCGGAAGCCUCCUUCCAAGAGGCUCGGAAGCCUCCUUUCAAGAGGCUCGGAAGCCUCCUUCCAAGAGGGUCGAAAGCCUCCUUCCAAGAGGCUCGGAAGCCUCCUUCCAAGAGGCUCGAAAGCCUCCCUUCAAGAGGCUCGGAAGCCUCCUUUCAAGAGGCUCGGAAGCCUCCUGUCAAGAGGCUCGGAAGCCUCCUGUCAAGAGGCUCGGAAGCCUCCUGUCAAGAGGCUCGGAAGCCUCCUGUCAAGAGGCUCGGAAGCCUCCAUCCAAGAGGCUCAGAAGCCUCAUCCCAAGAGGCUCGGAACCCUCCUUCCAAGAGGCUCGGAAGCCUCAUUCCAAGAGGCUCGGAACCCUCCUUUCAAGAGGCUCGGAAGCCUUCUUUCAAGAGGCUCGGAAGCCACCUUUCAAGAGGCUCGGAAGCCUUCUUUCAAGAGGCUCGGAAGCCUCCUUCCAAGAGGCUUGAAAGCCUCCCUUCAAGAGGCUCGGAAGCCUCCUUUCCAGAGGCUAGGAAGCCUCCUGUCAAGAGGCUCGGAAGCCUCCUGUCAAGAGGUUCGGAAGCCUCCUUCCAAGAGGCUCGGAACCCUCCUUCCAAGAGGCUUGGAGGCCUUCUGUCAAGAGGCUCGGAAGCUUUCUUUCAAGAUGUUCGGAAGCCUCCAUCCAAGAGGCUCGGAACCCUCUUUCCAAGAGGCUCGGAACCCUCAUUCCAAGAGGCUCGGAAGCUUUCUUUCAAGAGGUUCGGAAGCCUCCUUCCAAGAGGCUCGGAAGCCUCCUUCCAAGAGGCUCGGAAGCCUCCUUCCAAGAGGCUCGGAAGCCUCCUUCCAAGAGGCUCGGAAGCCUCCUUCCAAGAGGCUCGGAACCCUCCUUCCAAGAGGCCCGGAACCUUCUUCCAAGAGGCUCGGAACCCUCCUUCCAAGAGGCUCGGAACCCUCCUUCCAAGAGGCCCGGAACCUUCUUUCCAAGAGGCAAUCGAUAAUCUAAAUAAUCAACAUAAAGAUAUGCAAUGACCCCUCCAUUGGUAUGAGUUGGAUUAGCCUCCGGGAGAUCAUUACAUCAUUAUAGACGCAUUAGAUUUCUUCAACUCAAAAGUUUAGCUUAGCUGAAGAUCUCAAUAAUACGGAUCUUCGAGACCUGAACUCAAGAAUAAUUUAGAGUACCGACUAUAGCGAAAUGAUGUCCCAUAAAGCUAUUCCAAUCUUAUAUAUAAAAAUGAAAUGGUCUGUGUUCGUAUCCGCAUAACUCAAAAACGGCUGGAUGGAUUUUUUCAUUUCUUCAGCAGAAACAUUCGUUAUAGUUUCCGACGGGUUUAUAGGGUAUUCUCCCAUGUGGAGACCAAGACUAAAGCUAAGAAAAUUGUGAAAAACUAAAACUUGAGUUUGUAUGGGAAUCUUUGCAUGGGCAGUUGAAAACGCACAUUUCCGCCUACUAUGCAGGACAACGUCUGCCGGGUCGACUAGUUUAAAAUAAGGUCAAGAUCUGAACUCAAGAAUAGUAUACAAUACGAUAGAUGAUGUGAAAAUAAUGACAAAAUGAUGUCUCACGGAGCUAUUCCAACUCAAAGAUAAGGUCAACGGGAUGAUCACUUUACUGACUAUAAAAACCUUCACGAUACGAACCAACGAAAGGUUUGAAGUACUGUUGAUGUUUAGGGAAAUUUUCAACAUACUCAGAAUAUCGAAAUAGUGUUUUGUUGAGCUAUUUCAACUCAAUACUUCUUACAAAACUUAAAGAUCUGGCUCACAAAUAGUUUGGAGCAGCGAUUCUCAAUAUUUUUUUAAUAAACAAUUUUCACCUCGCAUUUUCAGAGGCCCUAAUCUCAACAAAGAAGCUGCAAAUAACUAUCGUCUGUUUAUUUUAGCUGUGCUGCGUCGCAGCAUGCGUGGAAUAAAAAGAUGACAGCUGCUCGUUGCUUCAUUAAUAAAAGUGGUGCUUUUGAAAACGCGA